AUGAGAUGGGAAAACUUGUCCAGUGUCUCAGAAUUUUUUCUCCUGGGGUUCUCUAAGCAGAAGGAGCACCAGGAAGUCCUCUUUGGGCUGUUCCUGACCACGUACCUGGUCACUGUGGCAGGCAAUCUCCUCAUCAUUCUGGCCAUCAUCUCUGAUGCUCAACUCCACACCCCCAUGUACUUCUUCCUGGCCAACCUCUCACUCGCUAAUACGUGCUUUGUGUCCACCACAGUCCCCAAGAUGCUGGCAAACACAUGGGCCCAGAAUCAAGUCAUCUUGUACGCAGGGUGUCUAUCUCAACAGUAUUUUUUCAUGUUAUUUGUGAUGCUGGAGGCGUUCCUCUUGGCUGUCAUGGCAUAUGACCACUACGUGGCCAUAUGUCACCCACUCCAUUACAUCACGGUCAUGAGCCCUGGGCUCUGUGUCCUCCUAGUCAAUGCAUCUUGGAUCAUGAAUUUCCUCCACUCCCUCCUACACACACUCCUGAUGAACAAUCUGUCCUUCUAUGCAGACCAUGAGAUCCCACACUUCUUCUGUGACAUCAACCCCCUCCUGAGUCUGUCCUGCACAGACCUUUUCAUCAAUGAGCUGGUGACAUUCACAGUGGGCCUGGCAGGCCUGUUUUGUGUGCUUUGCCUAAUUAUCUCUUAUGUGUAUAUUUUCUCCACGAUCCUGAAGAUCCCCUCAGCUCAGGGAAAGCGGAAAGCCUUUUCCACCUGCAGCUCUCAUCUCUCUGUAGUCUCUCUUUUCUUUGAGACUUCCACCCACUCAGCACAGAAGGGCAUGGUUGCAUCAGUGAUGCACACCGUGACCCCAAUGCCGAAUCGCUUUAUCUAUAGUUUAAGGAACCAAGACAUCAAGUCUUCCCUGAGAAAGCUCAUUUAGGUUAGGAAAAUACAUUCUCCUUAG